GUACGUGUUGACGUCACCGGUUGGUCCUUACUGUCACGCCAAAGUAAAACGAGUAACGUUAAAAAACUUUUCUAUCGAACUCAUAACUCGAAACACAUGGCCGUGGGAAAACAAGGCUAUGAGAAAAGCCAUUUUCCUCCGGGCUGUAAUGGUUGUUGGGACACGGCAUUGUUUGCGUAGCAGAGGAGCCUUUUUUUUCUCUUUCUUUCCUGGGGUCGCACUGCGAGAGCCAGCCGGCUGUAUCAGUUUAGCUAGCUAACGUCAAGUUGUAAAGAAAGUGGAGAAGACGGCGACUAAGCGGGAGCUUAUCCGCCUACAUAGACCUAUGCGACGGAUAGCAGGUGAGUGAUGGAGACGAGAGAGUUGACCGUGGUAGCUGGCAGCUUCGUGGGUUUCCAGCUUCUCUUCUCAGUGGCCAGCCCGCGGCUCUCCUUUGUCAUCACACCAGGUUAUGGACGGCUGCCUUCCACCAAGCUCACAGAGUGGAACUCCAGGUUGGUGUCGACUGUGCACGCCCUGAUUGUGGGGUUGUUCUGUCUGUACAUCCUGUGGUUCGAUGAUGCAGUCAACGCCAACCCCGUCUGGGGUGAGCCCAGUCUCGUCAAGCUAAAUGUAGCCAUAACCUGUGGUUACCUCCUUUAUGACCUUGUGCUGCUUGCAUGUAACUGGAGCACUAUGGGGGACAGCUUUUUUGUCUGUCACCACUUGGCGGCGCUCUAUGCAUAUGGAUAUGUGCUGACACGUGGCGUGCUUCCCUACUUUGCCAACUUUCGUCUCAUUUCCGAGUUGUCCACGCCGUUUGUGAACCAACGGUGGUUCUUCGAGGCAUUAAAGUACCCCCGCUCACACCGGAUGGUGGUGUUAAACGGCGUUGCCAUGGCGGUGGUGUUCUUCCUGGUGCGCAUUGCCGUCAUGCCAUCUUACUGGCUCAGUGUAUUCGCCACCUUUGGCACUCCAGACUUUGAGCGGCUGGGCUUGGGUGCCCAGGUGGCCUGGAUCACCUCCUGCAUCGCCCUGGAUAUUUUGAACACUGUCUGGAUGUAUAAGAUCACCCGUGGCUGCUACAAGGUCCUGACCGGGAGAGGAGGUCGAAAGGUCAAGGAAGGAGCAGAGGCAUCGUCUUCCUCAGACAAGAAACACGUCAACAACCACACAGACUAAAGAGAUGUAGAGCAAAGGAUCUGUAGACACAGACAUAAGCAGGGAAGGGAGGCUGGACAUUCAGGAACCUCACAGCCUCUCUCUUUUGCUAUAGCCUCAGCGUCUCUCCCACCCCCACCCUCGAAUCCCCAGUCUCAGCCCUUGUUCUCCUUGUCGGCUAGUGGAACAGGCUAAGAGUCCUCAGGUUCGUACCCCGACACGGGACAAGGACACUGCUCCUUGACUCACUCAUGCACCAGUCACUGCAGCCUCACUGUUUUCACUGACAGAUUAAUAUCCUGCUGGGUGACGACAAGGUAGAGCUCACAAGCACACUUAACUCUGUCUGUCACUCGCCUCUUUCGUCCCAACCACCAUUCCUCUCUCAUGUCCCCUCGGUCUCCUCUCAUGCUCAACUUCAGCCAAAGCCCAAUCCUCUGAAGUGCCUGUGAAAGACAGGAAAGCAAUAAUUGUGGAGGAAUAAGAUCACAAAGUCUAACAGAGCUUAGCCCCUUCAGAAGACAACCAUCUCUCGCUCACUAUUACUCCUGAACCACUGGAGGCUUCUUCUGUUGUUCAUACUCCGUCCACACUUGAGGUUACGUGGCCUACAGAGUGAAGAACUCUCACAUCAGAUCCAUACAGUGUUAGUGAAUCUAUAGGGCUCUUGUCUUAAACUCAUCAGACCUCACGAAAAGAGACAGAAAAACACCAUAAUGCCUCUUCUACAGUAUCACCUGCUGUGGCCUCCUUGUAACAAGUGGCACCUGCCUAUAUCACCAGCCAUGCCCCUCCAACCUCCUUACAAUUUGGACUAUAUAUUAAUAAACUAAGAAUAUGCAUGCAGGAGAGAGAAAGACGACACUCUCCCAACAUCCCUCUCACAGGACGAUUUUGCCUUUUCAGUAUUUGUCGUGUUGGCAUCACUGUGCUGUACUUUUCUCUCUAAAUUUAACUUGUUUUACACACCCUGAAGUCCUUAGCAGUCACAGUAACAUGUCUAAUUCAUAUUACAUCCAUUGCAACCCUCUGCCUCACUGGAUAGGGCUCCACUAUCCAGCUUGAACGUUUGGUUUUGUUCUACCUCUCCCCCUCUCCCCUGCCUUACAAAGGCUUCGUCAAUCCCUUUGUCACGAGUUAAUCAACAUUUCUUUCCCCCUUUCUACGUCAAAGAGUGAUUUUUAGCCUUUAAAACGAUACCCUUUGUGAUAUCACUGAUUCAGAGAGACUUCUUCCUCUCGCUCCCUCUAACCGUCUUCAGAGCUUAUCCCAGCCGUCACUUUUUUCACCAAACUGUGUUCAGUCAGUGUCUCUUUCUAGAAAAACACCCCCCAGUUUUAUACUUCCAUUUAUCUCCUUUGUUCUCAGUGACUCUGGGAACCUAAUUGAGGAAGAGAGCACUGCAUAGCGUGCAAACUAUACACUGUAUUUGGUGCCCUUAAAAAACACCGACAUGGUGCUUUUCUUUUUGCAGAAUGUCAGUAAUAGGAAUGCUAGCAAUAUGACAUAGCUAUAUAAUUUGGAUGUACCAAUCUGUGACAACAAUAGGCUGUCGCUGUCAAAAGCAAUGUGGCAAUCUGCAUGUUUUUUUUUUUUUUUGGUUUUCUAUAUAAACCCUAUCAUCACUAUAGAGCAUGGUAAGAUUGACAUAUUUCUGUGAUGCCUCAAGAUAGAUGAAUAACAUCUAAAUAUUAAUUGCAUUAAUCUAAUGCUUAAAAAGGGGUUUGUCUUCCAAAACAGUUAGUUUUUGUCUCUGAGCAUAGUGAAUGCAUGUGUUUUUGAUUCCUUUCUCCUCUCCCUGCAUGUCUGUACAGUAUAUACACAUACAGUAGCUAUGCAUACUGUAUGGAUAACUCACUAAUCAUUACCACUUUCUCUGUAUGCCUGUUGGCAUUACUUGGUUUUACAAAUUCAUGAAUUCUUCACAUUGUACAGUCUGCUGUUCGCAGACGCUAAUAACUACAUAGCUGAUAUCAUGACAGACAGAGAUAUAAGAGGGAUGUUUCAGAUUCAGAUUUUGUCACGCAACUAGAAAUUUACAAAGGUUUCCUUUUUGCUUAAGAGUACUUCACCGAUUUAGCAUUAAAGGUACACUCCUGUAACAUUGUCAGACUCACAAUGGACAGUUUUUUAAAAACGUAUUAAAAUUGAUGCAGCGGAACCAGAGAUUUUAGCCAGGUUUCCAUCCUAAUGUAGUGCAAAUUUUAUCCACAUUUCCUAAAAAUCUGCAAGAAAAUGUGAAUUAAUGCACGUUUCCAUCGAGAAACAGCUGGUGGAGCAAGUUCUCCAGUUGGGUGUCAUUAAACCAUUGCAGAAGAAAAGCACACAAAGAGAUGAAGUAAUCAAAAAAAGUGCCAAUUAAAGCUCAGCCGAUGGAAAACGUUGUAGAAAACAUGCUAGAAGAAUUGCUUUCAUGUCUGUUUCACGUGUUAAUUUGAGGAGGGUUACAGUCUCCUCAUCGCUCCACACAAAUCUGAUGUUUUCGUCUGCCGUCAUUUUUUGUCUCUUUAGUGGAGCAGGAGCUUCAGUGGACUCCCAUGCUUCACGUACGUCAUAAUUUAUUCGCUUAGCCUAUACCCAUUGCACUUUGUCACAUUUUAGUUUUUAUUGAUACCCCAACUUUUCCACUUCAGCUAAGCUUAAAAACAGUUUUUGCAAUAUUUCAAGGUUUUUGUUUUGAUUUACCAGCGUUUUCAGUCAGAUAUUUUUAUGCACAAAUUGAAAAUGCACAUAAAAAUGGCUAUAGAAAUGCACUUAAUGCCUUUUUUAUUCCAUUCAUUCUUGUUCCUUGUUAAAACCUUGUGCCUAGAUUAGCCAUAAUGCAACUCAAGCGCCGACAGAUUUGCGUGUGUUAUGCUAGUAGUGGCUAAUGUAGCCUCGAGGCGCCAGUCUCAAGCAGAGAUGAGGAGCGGGCUACAGAGGUCUGGUAAGCUCACUUCUUUCUAACACCACACCCCCAGAUUCUUUUCAUUUUCAAACUUAUAUUCAAGCGAUGCUGUUGGGAGCUUACCAGAUUUCGCACAGCUCCCUCUGGAGCCAGAGAAGGCUUUAUACAACUUUUGCCACAUAUGUAGUAGUACUUCCCAAGACGUGUAAACAGACUUGUAUGUGUAAAAUCGGUGGAGUUCCCCUUUAAGUCUUUGUAUCUCUAGUUGGAUAGAUAGUUAAAAUAGUCUGAGAAUGGUGGUGUUUUCACUGUGGAACUAUAAAGCACACUCCCUCUGGAGCAAUAACUUGGUGAUCUCCUGUAUUUCUGUCUGUCACCACAGAGGAGGGGCUACAGUAUCUUGUGCCUUUACACAAAUGGUGGAUGUGAUGCAGCCAGUUUUUUGAUUAGCGCGACCUUUCUAAUGUAAUAUCCAGUGAUUAUCUCCUCUGUAUUCCAUAUGUAUACUCUGUAUAUAUUUUUAUAAUCUGCCUGCACAAUGAUUAAUCCGGCCAAGUAUCAUAAUCCAAAGCUGAUCCCUCUUGGGGAGCCUGUUUUGUUUUGGUUUUUGUGCUCUCCUGAAUACAGGGGUACGUCUCUAUGAAUGUUGUGAUGGGUUAUUUAGUGGCAUUAAGAUGAGCUCACAGUGUCCAAGGUGAUAAGAAUUGAAAUCAAACUAUAUUUUUUGACAUAAGCUCUCUUUAAGAUAUACAGGUAGUUGAUGGGAAGGCUAACAUCUCAUUUCUCUGGCCUCCUAAACUCAAAGCUGUGAAUUGUUGUGGAAUAAAACUGUAAUAUCGUUCAGUCACGACACUACAAUAAUUAGACUACAGUGUGGGAGAUUUCCUGAGACUGGCUGAGCAGUGAUGCUGAUACACUUCUUCUUGUAGCAGCAUCCUGUGCUUUAGGUUGAACUGAGACUGAGUGCACAAAGUAAAAACUACAUAUAUGUGAAUUACAGUAUGUUGCCUGUGGACUGGACAGACUGAUUUUCUAUUUGUCCGGGUUUUCUACAGAAUAUAUUUCAAGACCUGGUAUGUGUGCUCUGUCUCACACCCUGGGGCUGUUGGAAAAUUGACAGAAUUAAUUAAUGAUUGAUGAAUUUGAUAAGUCUGCUAUUGUAAGGCAUUGAUCUGUAUUGUAUCAGGUUAGAAAAACCACAUUGCCUUUGUUUCUUUGGGGAGGCCAACAUUCAUUAUAUUAUAAAAUGUGUAUAUAUAUAUAUAUAUAUAUAUAUAUAUAUAUCAUGAAGGUAUAUACAAAUUUGUAUAUAUCAAGUAUUGAAACCAGAUGCACACUGUACUGAUUAAACCUCUGUUUUGGUCAUAUUUUGUGUUGCAUUUGGAUGACAGGAUGUGUCUUCUUUCUUAGGUACAUUAAAACAAAACUGCAUCAGAAUCUGGUACUUCAACAGUAUAUCCUGCCGGUCUUCUCAAGGUUACAUGUGGUACUUGGGUAACAAUAGCCCUAUUUUUGUUCUUCUGAAAUACUUGAUUUCAAGUUUGCUCCUAGAUGUACAAUGAAAUAGGGUGAAUUCAAUUUCAGUGUCACGAGGACAACAACAUUUGUAUAAUGGUAAAGAAUGACUGGAAAAAUUGCAGACAAACUGAUAAUCAAAUAACUUUCUUUUUUUCUUUUGCCAGUGUGGCUUAUGUUCCUUCCCUUUUUUGUCUCUUUUUAUUUUGUCUUUUAAUGCAAUGCAAUUUCUUGUUUAUGAUCUGUCUUUGUUUUCUGGAGAUUUUAAUGUGAAACAGCCUACACUACACACAGGCCUUAGGGUCCCUGUCUGAGCAUUACCUUGUGACUCUGAUUGUUGUCGUCUACAAUGACCACUACUAAUGAUCAUGUAACUGUAGUGCUGAAAGCUGAGACUUACUUGAAAGCGGUACUCUUCAAUAAAGUUGAAGACAAGAGAAA